CUCGUGACUACCGGCCACAGUCCGUACGCGAACGUUCACGGAGCGUCGUCUCGCUUGUGUCCGGUUCCGCGCGUCGCCGUGUAUCGCACAACUUUAGCGCGCGACUUUCGCGCACGUCCAAACUCGCCCGCGGAAUUGCGAAUUCCGGUAGUACUCUUUCCGCACUCUCUUUUUGCAUUCUCAUUUUCAUUCUCGCUCAUUCGAUUGAUCGAUUCGCUACCGGCGCGAUUUCUUUCGUGAACGAUCGCCAGCGAGAGCGAGUGGUGGUCGUCGGGCGCGAUUUACCGUUGAUAGGCCGUCACGUUAGUGUUUGACUGACGGCGCGCCGCUUUGCGUCGUAUCGCGUCGCGACACUCGAGUCGAUCUUUCGCUCCUUCUUGGAAACAUGUAAAACGGACGGAACGUGUAGUAAGAACGGAGCUGGAGAACUUUCCGUCGCGAGCGGCAGGACCGCGGAGGCCGGAUACCACGAGGUACGCGAGAAAGGAAGAGACGCGGGUUAGCCGCAACGUUGCCGCGGCUGACGUUGUCGGACCGCGCGCGCAAUUCCGAGAUCGCCGAUUCCGAAAUCGCUCGAUCUGUUACCGUUGGCGGCGCGGCGACACGAGAUCGCGAUUGCUCGGCCUCGAUCGCGCAGUCGAUUCGUGACGAUUGACGGACAGGACGAGGAUGCGAGACGCGAAUCGUCGUCGGCGGUGCACGUAGGAAUGCAAGGCUGAGAAAGGAGCCAGACGAGAGUGUGCCACGUAAACGUUCCUCUCCGGCGCGCUUCCACGAGGAGAUCCGACGAUUCGGCGGUUGGUCGAGGAGAAUCCACUGAGGAUCGCCGCACGCAACGCACACCCGUCAUGUCAACGAGUUACCUACUCGUGUCCUUGCUGAUCGUCGCGUGGCAGAGCGGCGUGCAGGCCAAUUGGUGGUACUUGGGAUUAGAGCCGAGGCUAACAUUCGGCUCAAUCCAAGGUAGCGGCAUCGACUCGCAGACACAGAUUGCCGGCGCGGGUGUGAUCGGGCCGGCGAGUGCCGAAAAGAACUGUAAGAACACGCACCUGACCGCCAAGCAGCAGGCAAUAUGCUCCCGCUCGCCACCCGUCCUGCAGGCAGUCAGCGCGGGUGCUAGGCUCGCCAUAGAGGAGUGUCAGCACCAGUUUAGAUCAGCGAGAUGGAACUGUUCCGUCAGCCCGGAAAAUCCCGAGAACGUGUUUGGCGGCGUCAUGUUAGUCAAUAGUCGAGAGGCCGCGUUUAUACAUGCCAUAUCAGCAGCUGGAGUCGCUUACAGUGUCACGAGAGCCUGUUCCAGAGGCGAACUCACCGAUUGCUCGUGUGACAAUCGAGUGAGAACGCGACAACCGAAUAAUUGGCAGUGGGGAGGAUGCAGCGAGGAUAUACACUUUGGAGAAAAGUUUUCGCGAGAAUGGUCCGACAGCGGUGAGGAACCGGUGAAAGAAGGCGUUCUGCACGGGUCUAAAGGGCUGGCUGGCCAGCUCAUGAGGAAACAUGAUAGCGAGGCCGGCAGACGCGCUAUUCGUUCUAGGAUGCAACGUGUAUGCAAAUGUCACGGCAUGUCUGGUUCGUGUAGCGUGCGCGUAUGCUGGAGAAGACUUCCGGCAUUCAGGGUGGCCGGAGUCGCUCUAGCGGCUUUGCAUGAAGGUGCUGCUCUGGUACGAUUGGCGCAGCGCGGUGGCAGAAGACCAGCCAGACUCAGACCGGCGCGUCCCGAUCUCAAACGACCGAACAAGACAGACUUGGUUUAUCUCGAAGACAGUCCCGAUUAUUGCGAAAGGAAUCUCACACUUGGCAUUCCCGGUACGCGAGGAAGAGUAUGCAAUCGGACGUCUCUCGGCCUCGACGGAUGCCGGCUGUUGUGCUGCGGCCGGGGCUACCAGACGCGGGUGCGGGAUGUCACUGAGAAAUGCAAAUGUCGAUUCGUCUGGUGCUGUCACGUGAAGUGCGAGUUAUGCCGGCAUACGCGGGAGGAACACGUGUGUAACUAGACGGUAAUGCAUUCCGGAGUUCGACCUAUCUAUAGGAAUCCGCUCGCGUCGUUCUUUAAGUUCGUAAUAAUUAUUCGUCGUCGUUUUCCGUUGUAUUAGCGCCGUGAGAGGCUACACAACGAUACGUUAUAUCGAUGCGAUUUCCACUUGAUAGUGCUGCAGUAAAUGGUAAGUUUUAUUCUUUAGCGACAUCGGAUCAUACGAAUAAGAUACACGUAAACGUUCUUGCUCUUGAACAAAUGCGUCAAAAAGUACGAGUUGUGAUGAGAGAGAGAGAGAGAGAGAGUGUGUGUGUGUGUGUGUGUGUUGUCUUUUGUCUUAAAACAAGUAGCUUCGAUUGCACAGUCUACUAGAAGCAUUUGCUCCAGUGUUACUCAUACGGCUCAUCGAUUUAAGUAGGACUUGAAGCAGUUAAGAUACGUUUUGUCUGUGCAUAUAAAGUUCAAGCGAAACUCCUUGCAGUGAUCGAGAUUCUCAGUAUUACUAUCAUCAUCAUAUAUAUAUAUAUAUAUAUAUAGCUAAUGUGACAACGUGCGUUUGCUGUUGCGUGGCUUAUCACAUUGAUCGCUACCGGGUGCCACACCAUUUACGCGAACGUUAAAUGUAUUGAAAGUAAAUGUGUUACAUUAAUUUGCAUUUAAUCACGUAAUUUUAUCUCGAUCCAGAUAUGCUGCUAAGCAGAGAUUUUUGUUCCGCUGAUACAGCAAUACGUUCCCUGCCAAGUCGUUUUUUCGGAGUUAGAAAUUAAUUUUUUUAGUAAAGUAAAUAGUGAAACUCGACGCAACUUAACAAACAGCAUUAUAGAGAUUGUGUAAUAAUGAUAACAACAAUUAUUUUCUUGCACUUUAUCUACCAAUGAUGAAAAAUAUUACUUGGCCUGAAAAUGAGUUUCAGUGUACAUACACCGAAAAUGGUACGCGGCAGGCAGCGUGUUAAUGCAUGCUACGUUUACUUUGCGUCGUUAAAUUCACGUGAUCUGACAAUUCGAAUUUUGGAAUAAUAAUGCGAACAGCGGUGCGGCAUCUAGUUCUUAUUUCACUUCCGAUUAUUAUAUAAAUAUAUAUAUAUAUUUAUUUAUUUUAUAUACUACUUAUAUACAUAAAUAUAUAUUGUGUACAAUUAACGCGCUUUGGUAGCAAGAAUUAAGUGAUAAAACAUUUUCUUAGAUUUCUCGUUUUGGACUUUUGCGCGUAUCUAGCGCAUCUUGAAACACUCGACAUCAUGAUGCCUUGAUGUGCCAAUUUGUUAUUUCUGUAAGAAAGAGAGAGAGAGAAAGAGGGAGCGAAUGGAAGAAUAUGAGAAUGGGAGAGAAAGACGAAAAAAAGAGAAGGAGGCGAGGCAGAAAAAGGAAAAUUAUUAAAAAAAGAGCAAAAGCAUUGUUAUAGAAUAUAGAUCAUACGCGGUAUGAUUUCUUCCGUACAUUUUCACACAUUUACGAAUAAAUUUACGAAUGAAUGCGCGUAUAAUUACGCGAAUGUCCUAUCGAAAUACAGACCUUCACGAUGUGUAGGUAUCGCAUAACGUAUACCAAUGCUCUCUAGCGUGUAGAAUUUUCUCUUCGCUUAAAUACGGAGCAACCGUGAGGACUCACUAUGCCGGAUACGAGGAGGAACAAUGCGAAUUAUGCGAGGAGACGGGACAACUGCCAAGGGAGGCAAAGACUCCGUCUCGUCGAGUGUUUGCGUCUAAAACUCGCACGAAUCGGGAACAAUUCUGCCAAUGAAUGUAAAUAUUGUCUGACCGUUUUUCUAGACUCUACGUCCAUAAUUAUUGUUGUAUAUACGUAAGCGUUUUAUCGGCUUUAGAAAAGUUAUUUGCGUUGCGUUCUCCGCAGUUCACACGAAAUAUUUAAUCCAUCCGUGAUUUCAUCUUAUAUACUCUCUGUCGCCCCCUUUUAUAUAUUUAACGUAUAUAUAUAAAUGAUCGCUUUGUCACGCAUACACCUCCCUCCCCCCCCCCACACACACAUGCCGCACUAAUUAAGUCGGCAGUCUAGUCAUUCGUGAAUUCUCUGAUCCAUAUCAGUCGACAUUUUAUGCUCAUAACGAAUGUUACGUACGCGAGGUUUCGCAUUUUAUUCAGCCAAACGAAUCGUAGUAGCAUAACGCAUCGCGUAAUUAUUAUUUUGCAAGACAUAUAUAUAUAUAUACACUAUAUAUAUUAUUAUUUUAUACUUAUAUAUAUAAAUAUAUUGUAUGCAAUGUUCUCUGUGAACAGCCAGUUGCAACCUCUCGAAAAAUUUAUUGAAAUAAUUUCCUAAUUAUUGAAAAAAAUAUUAUUCAAAUAAAUAGUAUCAAUACACGUGUGUACUAUUUAGUUAUGCCUUGUUAGGUUUCCACAAUACGUAUAAAAAUUCGUGCGAGGAAUGUGAUUAAUUGAUAAUCAACUUAAGCGUAUUCUAUGGUAAAUAAUGUUACGACGAAUAUUACAUAAAUAUCUGAUUGAUUUAAAUUUGAAUAAUUUAUUUCGCGAGGUUGCGCGCUCGUUUACGGUCUUGAGUAACGCCUAAUAGAUAUAUCGCGAUUCGUCCGUAUAUUGUAAGGAUUUAGUGGUAAAUUCACUUGAACACGAGGUAAUAAACGCUCGUGCCAACGACAUACAGAACUCAGUAUUGAUAAACUGUAAUUUAUUUUCUCCAUGAUAGUACAUCAUGUUAUUAGACUCGUAGUCCCUUUCGGUCGAAUUAUGAGCAAGUGUUCCCGUAAUAGCAUAAUAAUGAUAGUAACGUCUCUUUUCGCUAUGAGAUAAAUCCUAGCUCGUAAUAAUACAUUUGUAUUCGUAUGUACCUGUAUUCUACAUGCAUUUAUAUAAAUACAUAUAUAUACAA